AUGUAUCUCCCAAACACACAUUGGACGUGGUCCUUUGCGAUCGUCACACUCGUCCAAACAAUCGUAACACUCGGCCUUGAAAGUUACAUCUUCGCAAACUUUCAAAUCCAAGAACUCCCAAACAACAGUCCCGCUUCAAAAACUAUCCCUACUUUCCUCGCCCUCUAUGGUUUCGGUUUCCUCUACGAGCUCGUGCUAGUAUAUGAUGCUCUGCGCAUGAAGAAUACAAUUCAGGUCAUCGGAUUGUGUAUCUGCAAUGUUGGCCUCCUGAUUUACGGCGCUGUUCAAGUGAAACAAAUUCGAGAGGCGGUCACCACCUUGGCCCUGAUGAAGAUGAUCAGUCCGGUUGUCUGGGCUCAGUCCGAGCCGUUCCUAAUCAUCAUUCCAUGCAUUGUGGCAUUGGGGACAUUAUUGAUGACUUUUGUCGCCUAUAAGCUCUACGACGAGUUUGCGUGGACAAUCUACAAGCAUAUCAGUGCUGAUCUGCGUAUGAAGCGUCGCUAUCUCACCUACCAGAUCUAUAUCGCUCUCUUGAAAUUCGAUUUCUUUUUCUUCCUGGGCUUUACUGUCCAGUUCCUCGUCUUGGUCUCCUCGACCAGCAUGGACAUUGAAUUUGCGCUUACGGUGGCUGCCAUCCCUGUGACCAUUCUCAUUUUGGUCUGUGGCGCCUGGUUUGUGCGACGAGAGACCAUGGUUGGCAUGAUCAUCAUCAUUCUUCUCUUAUUCGCCGCGAUGGCAUAUUUCUGCUUCAAGCUCUUCCGAAUGUGGUCCCCAGCAACAUACUUCAAAUACCUGCCCGCUCGACCAUCGAUGACCUUCUUCGCCAUCAUCACCAUCAUUUUGAUUGUGAUCACUAUCGUCAACGCUUGCCUGUGCGUCCACAACUUCAACCGCGGUUUGAAGCCCCACAUCAACAAAAAGAAGAACAAGGAAGCAGAAAAGACAACCGAGCUCUCUUCGAACCUUACCCAAGUACCAUCACGAAUGAUGAUCGAUUGA